UCAGUUAGAUAACAGCGGCUGACUUGCGACCAUUGGGAGAUAUUUCAUACAUUUAUAUUUAUACUAUAAAAUACAGAUUUUUCUAUUUUCAUAUAUAACGGACGCUAACCGACAAUCGUCAUGUACUUUUAAUAAUGCAUAAAGAACAAUACUGAAAUCUUGAUCUAAUGUAAUUAAAACGAUAAAGUAGAAGUAAUAACUGUAAAAAUAAUAAUUAACAGUAGGCACAGCUUAGAGCAUCUCGUAUGUUGUCUGUGCCGCUGCAUGUUGUUAUACGUAUUAUACUAGUAAUGUAAUAAGUAUGUACGAUGCAGAAAUCGAAAAGCAAUACAUUUAAGAAAUAUAAGACGAACGAUCGUUUAUAAUGCUAAUUUGUUUCGCAAACAUUGACAGUGUACUGAUCAUCUCAGGAAGAACGAUGGAAUGGCAAAAUGAAAAGGAAAAGUGUGGACGAAUAUUUUUUCCCAACGUUUGAAUCAACAGCUGAGCUGGAAUUGAGAGACAUUGAAACAGAGCGAAGAGGGGCUGACCGCCACGCAGCUGUCUCUGCCUCACGCUGCAGCUGCCUUGUCCAGCCGGUGUUGCUUUUUGUCCAGCUGUGCUCCCUUCUAUCUCUUCUGUCCAUCUGGACGUCACCCGACUUUCUCUUAUCUCGCCCCAACACGACGAGCUGGAGCCUGCCGCCUCGCAAUGGAGCCUCCGCCCGCUCUCACCAUGGCUCUUCUGGGAGGUAGCUGUGAGGAAGAGGGGCUGCAUCCCCCGGGCCCCCCAAAUGUGGCACUGCCCACUGCAGACAGCCGCCCAGGGGCCCACCCUUCCAAAUGCCUGGGCAGUGCCAGCGCGGAGAGGCUCAACGGGACCCCCGUCCUGACCAGCCCUGGGCCGCUCUCCCUGCCUCUCCCACUCCCCAAUGCUCUGUGUCCCUCCAGUUCACCAGUGGGCAGCCAGCCCAGCCUGGGUGAGGGUCUGCCUACACCGGGGGGGCUCCUCCCCUCCCCACACUCCCCCUGCUCCGAGCGCGAGCGUGACCGGGGUUCACGACACCGACAGGCCAGCCCCCUGGUGCAUCGGCGGGACAGCAACCCCUUCACUGAGAUCGCCAUGAGCUCCUGCAAGUACAGUGGGGGUGUGAUGAAGCCCUUGAGCCGACUCAGUGCCUCCCGCAGGAAUCUCAUUGAGUCUGAGGGCGGAGUAGAGGCCAGAGAGGGAGGCGUGGCCACACGGGACCGGGGAACUGUGCUCCAAUCACAGAGCCAGCAGCACAACCCCCCAGAGAUUGUCAUCUCCUCUAAAUUGGACUCAUCUCACUGUACCAUUGCCUCCAACCACACUUUGUCUCACAGCCAGGGGGCACUCAGGAGCACAGGUGGUGUGGCCAGUCAGGGUAGCAGCGUGGGGGGUGGGGGAAGUAAACGCAGCAGUAGUGCCCGCAAGGUACAAAAAAGAAAGCACCAGAACAUAGGGUACAAGUUGGGCCACCGGAGGGCGCUGUUUGAGAAGAGGAAGCGUCUCAGUGACUAUGCACUUAUCUUUGGGAUGUUUGGCAUCGUGGUCAUGGUCAUCGAGACGGAGCUUUCAUGGGGAGUCUACAGCAAGAGUUCCAUGUUCUCCCUGGCCCUGAAGUGUCUUAUCAGCUUGUCUACAGUGGUCUUACUGGGACUCAUCAUCGCCUACCAUGCCCGCGAAGUGCAGCUGUUCCUCAUUGACAACGGAGCGGACGACUGGCGGAUCGCCAUGACAACAGAGCGGGUGCUGCUGAUCGCCCUGGAGCUGCUGGUGUCGGCGGUGCACCCUGUGCCGGGUGACUUCACCUUCCACUGGCAGGCGCGACUGGCCUUCUCGUACACGCCGUCUCUGGCCAAAGCCGACGUGGACAUGGUUCUGUCGGUGCCCAUGUUCCUGCGGCUCUACCUCAUCGCCCGUGUCAUGCUGCUGCACAGCAAGCUCUUCACCGAUGCCUCAUCUCGCAGUAUUGGGGCUCUCAACAAGGUGCACUUUAACACGCGCUUUGUGAUGAAGACCCUAAUGACCAUCUGUCCCGGCACCGUUCUGCUGGUCUUCAGCAUCUCCUUGUGGAUUAUUGCAGCCUGGACGGUGCGCGUCUGUGAAAGGUACCAUGAUGCCCAGGAUGUGACCAGCAACUUCCUGGGAGCCAUGUGGCUCAUCUCCAUUACCUUCCUGUCCAUUGGAUAUGGUGACAUGGUGCCGCACACCUACUGUGGGAAAGGCGUCUGCCUGCUGACUGGCAUCAUGGGCGCAGGGUGCACAGCACUGGUGGUUGCUGUGGUGGCCCGAAAGCUGGAGCUGACCAAGGCCGAGAAGCAUGUACAUAACUUCAUGAUGGACACCCAGCUCACCAAACGGAUCAAGAACGCAGCAGCCAAUGUGCUCCGGGAGACCUGGCUGAUCCACAAACACACACGGCUGGUGAAGAAGAUCGACCACGCCAGGGUCCGAAAGCACCAGCGCAAGUUUCUGCAGGCCAUUCACCACACAUUUCUGCAGCGCCUCCCCCUGGUGCUGGGCCGGUGACAAGUUCACUGUCAUUCUGCCCAGGCUACGCAGUGUGAAGAUGGAGCAGAGGAAGCUCACGGACCAGGCCAACACGUUGGUGGACCUCUCUAAAGUAUGGCAUUAAUGCUCCACCAGUAUAUUGCCAAUCAACCAUAACAUUAAAACCACUGACAAGUGAAUUGAUUAACAUUGAUUAUCCCAUUACAAUGUCACAUGUCAAGGAUGAUAUUAUAUAUUAGGCAAGUAAACAAUAAGUCUUGAAGUUGAUGUGUUGGAGAAAAAUGAGCAAGCAUAAAGAUCUGAGUGACUUUGACAAACUCCAUAUUAUGAUGCUAGAUGACUGAGUCAGAGCAUCGUCAAAACAGCAGGUCUUAUGGAGUGUUCCCAGUAUGCAGUGGUUAGUACCUACCAAAAAUGGUGCAAGGAAGGCCAACCAAUGAAUUGGCAAUGGGGUCAUAAGCGCUUGGGGAGCGAAGACUAGCUGGGGGAUUUUGGGGAGGUUGACUUGUCUGGUCUGAUCCCACAGGAGAGCUACUGUAGGACAAAUUGCACAAAAAGUGCUGGCUAUGAAUGAAAUGUGUCAGAACACACAUUGCAUCACAACUUGCUGCGUAUGGGGCUGCAAAGCCGCAGAAUGGUCAGAGUGCCAAAAGUACCUACAAUGGACAUGUGAUUGUCAGAACCAGAGCAUGUCGAUGGCCAGGUGCAUGUCAUUUACCUGGGAAGAGAUGGUACCAGGAUGCAUUAUGGAAAGAAGGCAGGUCGACGGAGGCAUUGUAUUGCUCUGGGCCAGGGGUCACCAACCUUUUUGAAACUGAGGGCUACUUCACGGGUACUGAGCCAUAUAAAGGCUACCAGUUUGAAACGCCCUCCUAAACAUAUCUAAACUUCAUGUAUAAUAAACAUGUUUUAAAUGCUUUUUUUUUUUUAGAUAUUAUCAUUUUCAAAUCUAUAUAAAUGCAAAUGUGAUUAAAGAAGAAUAGCAACAGGAUAAAAUUAAAAUUUUAGAUGCUGCUCACUGGUGAGUUGUGCUAUUUUUAGAACUGGUCCCACGGGCGACUCAUGGUCCUUGGGGGCAUCCAGGUGCCCGUGGCCACCAUGUUGGUGAUCCCUGCUCUGGGCAAUGUACUGCUGGGAAUCCUUGGAUCCUGGCCUUCAUGUGGAUGUUACUUUGACACAUACUACAUAUCUAAACAUUGUUGCAGCCCAAGUACACCCCUUAAUGGCAACGGGAUUCCCUGAAGGCAGUGGCCUCUUUCAGGAGGAUAAUGUGCCCUGCUACACUGCAAAAAUUGUUCAUGUAAUGGUUUGUGGAACAUGGAAUGGAGUUCAAGGUGUUGACUUGGCCUCCAAAUUCUCCAGAUCUCAAUCUUAUCGAACAUCUGUUAGAUAUGCUGGACAAACAAGUCCGAUACAUGGACGCUCACAAUUUACCUAACUAUUACCUAACGAUCUGUUGCUAACAUCUUGGUGCCAGAUACCACAGGACACCUUCGGUGGUCUUGAGGAGUCCAUGCCUCGAUGGGUCAGAGGUGUUAUGGCAGCACGAGGGAGACCUACACAAUGCUGGGCAGGUGGUUUUAAUGUUGCGGCUGAUCAGAAUUUCAUUCACUUUAUAUGCUUCUGCACAGUGUGACGUGACGAUAAAUCAGAAUCUACCUUUUACACUCAAAUGAGACUUUUUGAUACUGAAAGUGACUGCUAACGGGGUGGCAUGGUGGUGCAGUGGUUAGCACUGUUGCCUCACACCCCUGGGACCCGGGUUCGAGUCUCCGCCUGAGUUACAUGUGUGUGGAGUUUGCAUGUUCUCCCCAUGUCGUCGUGGGGUUUCCUCUGGGUGCUCCAGUUUCCCCCCCACAGUCCAAAAACAUACUGAGGCUAAUUGGAGUUGCUAAAUUGCUCAUAGGUGUGCGUGUGAGAGUGAAUGGUGUGUGAGUGUGCCCUGCGAUGGGCUGGCCCCCCAUCCUGGGUUGUUCCCUGCCUCGUGCCCAUUGCUUCCGGGAUAGGCUCCGGACCCCCCGCGACCCAGUAGGAUAAGUGGUUUGGAAAAUGGAUGAAUAGAAGUGACUGCUAAAACACAAUGCUGACUAGGAAAGCAUAAUUGAUUGUUUCUGAAUUUCAGUUCAAGCCCAUAUGCGAUCUCAUUCUUACAUGAUAUGCAUUCUGCCACUUUUUCCUUAGCAAAAGAAAUGUGUUGCACCAAACCAAGUGCUCCCAUUUUCAGCCCUAAGCUGCAUCAAUAAAUGACAGGGCUGUGUUAUAUCACGUGACAGGAAUGGGGGGAGGGGGCUGGAAAAACAGGUAUUAUAAUAAAGAGCAGGGGAGGUUUAACUUUAUGUCUAUGAUGUCUAAUUGGAAAUUAACAGAAUGUUGUUACAUAUUUUUUAUUGUAUGGAAAGAUAGAUCUGUCAGUCAGGUUUAAUAAUGAAUUAUAUGCAUGUUUCAGGCUGAAAAUUUGAAACCUCUUAUUGAGCAUUACUGGGUAAUUGUGGUCAAAGUCACGUUCCAUCCUUGGUGUAAAAUCCAGUUCCAUAGUGAUGCAUGGAAACCAAUCAAGUUUCAGAUAGGGGCUUAUUUUGCCACCCUGGUUGUUGUGAUGCUCUGUUGCUCUGUCGCUCUGCACACCUGAUGCACACUCCCCCUGUACACUAACACAGCACACCCCCCCCCCUCCC